UGCAAAAUAGUCAGUGUGUGCUGAGCAAAUGGAAGAACAAAUAUGUCUGUCAGCUUCUCUUUGGUUCAGGUGUGCUGGUGUCCUUAAGCCUUUCCGGGCCGCAGCUGGAGAAAGUGGUGAUUGACAGAAGCCUGGUGGGGAAGCUCAUCUCAGACACCAUCAGUGAUGCUCUUCUCACAGACAGCUUUAUCAUCUUAUCAUUUUUGGCACAAAGCAAACUAUGUUUUAUUCAGUUUACCAAGAAGAUGGGUUCUCCUGAUAUAAACAAAAGACUGGAAAAACUCUCAGCCUUGGAUUAUAAGAUUUCCUAUUAUGAAAUCCCUGGCCCAGUAAACAGGACAACACAGCGUCGUCUAGCUAUCAAUUAUGUUCAAGAUACAGUUGUUUGCUGGUGGCCACUGGUCAGUGAUGAUGCUUGGCCUUGGGCCCCCAUUUCUUCUGAGAAAGACAGAGUCAAUUUGCUGCUCCUGGGUUAUGCUCAAGGAAGACUGGAGGUUCUGAGUUCUGUACGCACGAAAUGGGAUCCACUGGAUGUUCGCUUUGGCACCAAACAGCCUUAUCAGGUGUUGACAGUGGAGUGCUCCAUCAGUGUAGACAAAGAGCCCAUGGCUGACAGUUGCAUCUAUGAAUGUGUUCGGCACAAAAUCCAGUGUGUAUCAGUCACCAGAAUACCACUAAGAUCGAAGGCCAUUAGCUGUUGCAGGAAUGUUACUGAAGACAAACUGAUUCUGGGCUGUGAAGAUUCUUCAGUAAUUCUUUAUGAAACUCACCGUAGAGUGACUGUCUUAGCUCAGGCUGAACUUCUGCCUUCAUUAAUAAGCUGCCACCCAAGUGGUGCCAUUCUGCUAGUUGGCAGUAACCAAGGGGAGCUUCAAAUUUUUGAUAUGGCUCUUUCUCCUAUUAACAUCCAGCUUUUGGCUGAAGACCGCUCACCUAGGGAGACUCUACAAUUCAAAAAAUUCUUUGAUGUUUCUAGCAGUCUUGUUCAAAUGCAGUGGAUAGCUCCGCAGGUUGUUUCUAAGAAGCCUGAAAGUGGGGACAUCUAUGAUCUCCUCUUCCUCAAGUUUGACAGAGGACCUUUGGGUGUACUUCUCUUUAAACUUGGUAUCUUCACACAAGGACAGCUGGGCCUGGUAGACAUCAUCUUCCAGUACAUUCACUGUGAUGAGAUCUAUGAGGCAAUAAACAUCCUGAGUAGUAUGAACUGGGACACUCUGGGAUACCAGUGCUUUAUUAGCAUGACUGCCAUCGUAAACCAUCUUCUUAGACAAAAGCUCACUCCAGAGAGAGAAGCACAGCUUGAGGCAAGCCUUGGAACCUUCUAUGCUCCAACAAGACCACUCCUGGAUACAACUAUAUUGGAAUACAGAGACCAAAUCGGCAAAUAUGCAAGGAGAUUCUUCCACCACUUACUCAGGUACCAGAGAUUUGAAAAGGCAUUUCUGUUAGCUGUUGACAUUGGUGCUCGUGACCUGUUUAUGGACAUCCAUUACCUUGCACUAGAUAAGGGCGAAUUGGCACUAGCUGAAGUGGCAAGAAAGAGAGCUAGUGACAUUGAUGCAGAAUCAAUAACCUCUGGAGUUGAACUCCUGGGGCCUUUCGACAGAGGGGAUAUGCUAAAUGAAGCUUUUGUUGGCCUAUCUUUAGCACCUCAAGGAGAAGACACAUUUCCAGAUAACCUCCCUCCCUUUUGUUCAAUCCACAGACAUAUUAUUCAACAAAGAACACUGAAUGUCUCUGCUGACACGUAAGCUAUGCUGAACUGAGAAAAUUGCUCUAUAAAGGAGCAGUAUUUAGUAUUGAACAAUUGAAAUAUUCCCUGUUUAAAUGCAAACUAAUAGUUAAACAAGGAGAUUUCAAAAUAUCAAAGAAAAAAAUGCACAUUUUCUCAGGCCUAGGAUUUUGCAGUAGUUUGGUCAUGGAAGAGCAGGCUUGAUGGAGGCAGAAAUAUAUGAAAAGAAUAUUGUUAGAAUGAAUGUUAUCCCAGGCCAAA